UGAGAGUAGCCUCCCUUUGGCGACUGUUCAAAAUGGAAGCCGCUGUGGCGGCGCAGACGGGCAACUCCGAUGGUGAUGCAUUUCAUACAAUAAACGAAAAGGGUGCAGUUCCACAAGAACUUGGAGAUGAAGAAAGCAUCAUUGAUGUCCUGAAAACUCGCAAUUGUCUUGUUGGACAAAAACACGAUCUUUCUAUUGCACUUGCAGCAGAUCAAACAGAUAUUGAUGAAGAUAAUGAUGUGGAAGAACUUCAGAAAAGAAUAUCUGAGCUGCAGAGGGAGCUCCUGAAAGUGUCUGCUGAUCUAUCCAUCAGAGAGAUAGUCCUCAGAAAAAUGCAGUUUAGCCAGGCACUAAGUGACAAGCUGUUUGACGAGCCUUUACCAUUAUCCGAUAUCACAGUUAAAAAUGGCAGCUCAUCAGUGCCUGGAGAGGAAAGAAGGAAGUUUGAAGCAUUGGUCCAAGAACAGAGCUCACUGUCCAACACUAUUCUAAGAAAACAUGAGAGAGUCGAAGAAUUGCAGAAGGAACUAGACAAUGUGAGGAAACAGAAUUUUGAACUAAAGAAGAAAAAUCGUGGUCUUAUGGAAAUCAUCACACAACAUCGUAAAAGGCUUGAGACAGCCAUGGAUGAUGUGAAAAGCAGUCCAGCUUGCUUAGGGCUGAAAGAGGAGCUGGAAAAUACUGUGGCCCGUAUGAACAUUGCCAAGUGCACUUUGCAGGCUCUUAUUGUGGGAAGUGGUGUAAAUUGGGCCCAGGACUCAGAGCUGGCAGAAACUGUGUUUUUGUGUGGGGAAUCAUUAAAUCUGUGAAUUUUUGAAGAGGAUAAAAGAUGCACAGAAAUACUAAGUGAAGGACACCUGCACAUGCACAUGAAUGGCUUGAAUUAGUGGAAUUGUAAGGAGUAAAAGAUAUGUUAUAUUUCGUGGUGAUGUAUAUUACCCCUGUGUGUGUGAUGCAUACAUGUGUGUACAUAUCUUAAAAAAAAAACAACAGAGAAUAUAAUUAUUUGUGGCUUUUGCUGGUAUUAUAUGUUUUGCACCAGUAGUAUAUCUGAACUUUUGUGAAUCUCCACAUUUAACCUAAGGUCAGUACAAAGGAUAUAAAUAUGUUCAUAUUCUCUUUGACUACUUAAUUGUCUGUAAUUGUGCAUUUUGUAUAUAUAAUUUAAAUUUAAUUUACAUUUAAGUCAUCACUGUAAAGUCUGCAUACAUCUUUAUUAUCAUUGUAAUUUUUAAGGUGGAUUAAAAAAAAAUAAAACAGAGCUAAGAUUGUGAAAUAGAUCAUUCGUUAUGAAAGAAUGUUUGACCAACUGAUAGCAACUACCUUUACUCCAUCAUCAGAUUAAAAUGCAAGACUGGACAGAAGGAAAUGGCUAGGUGGUUAGUUUUGAUGCAUUUACAAUUUAAGUAAUUUUUGUUUAAUUCUUUUAAAUGUGCACACUAUCAGGAAUUUUAAUGUUUGCUGCUUAGCAUUCACACAAGUAUAAACCACAAAGAAGGAAACAUUAGCGGUGAUACUGAGAUAACAUUGUUUAAGCGCUUGAAGAAUGCCUGUAGUAAUAGCCUGGUCAAACCGGAUGAGAUUUUAAAACAUGACAAUAUAGUAUUUCUCAUUCUAUGUAAUAUGCAUAUGAAUAUGCCCAUAGACUAGUACUGACAUAUAGGUUAACUAAGCACACACAAUUAAUUCGGACAGUAGGAAAUUUUGUGUGGAGAAUUAAGCAGGAUUAGACACUAUGCCAUACAUCUGAACUUCCCAUCACAGCUAAGUGUGUCAAGUUCUGUUCUCUGAGCUCUGUGUGUGUUUGAAAGAGCAAGAUAAAUUGAAAAGUUAGAUGAGAUUGUGUAAUCACUUCACAUAGCUUUCAGUCUGCAGAUAUCACAUUAUCAUACAUUAAGAGAUAGAAUUCUGUAAAUAUGCCAUAUAGUAGAAUUAUUUAUUAUGCCAAGUCAAAAUGACUAAUACAUGUGCUACAAAAUAGCCACUAGCAGUAUGCAAAGAGAAAGGUUAAAAAAUGAAUAGUAUUCAUUAAAAAUAAUGCAGUACAGUACAUUUAAUUGUAUUUAUCACUAAAUAAAUGGUUUUAUAUAUGUAAAUAUGAGAUUGACAUUCAGUGAAAAUAGGAGAAUAAAAAAUAUUAGGAUUAAAACAAACAGAAGAAUUUACAUCUGUUGAAUUCUUGACUGCUGUAGGACGGAAGGUAUAUUCAAAUAUAAAAACUGUUAGAAUCAAUGAGUAAUUGUGUUCAUUUGGAAGUUAUUUAA